AUGUAUUCAAGACUUCUCUUAAAUUUAACAGCCUUACUGGCAGUAUGCUGUCAAAUAACUCAGGCGUUCUGUGUGUAUAACAAGCUAGAGGGUGAUCGUGUUCGUUUGUCAGUCAUUGGUUCAUUUACAGUUGCCCCUCCCGACCGAAUUUUUCAUAAAGAAAUUGAUCAAGGUGGAAAUGAAUGUUGUCCAUAUACAAAUGCUGAUUGUGUCACGGGUGGUCAACGUGAUUCUCUCGUCAAGUUUCAUUUCAAAUUUGCUUUUGAUUUGCUUCAAAUGUGGGAAGUCAAUAGACGCUAUACCGUGUACUGUGAAGGAGGAGCAGGCCUUGUCAUUACAGGGUCGAAUUUUAAUAAUCUAGAAUCUACAUGCUUCAAAGCCAAUGGAGAGGUCACAAGAACAAAAUUAGAAACAUGGACACCUGUAUUAGAAAGCAGACGUGUUCGUUUGUCAGUGUCUAAUCCAUAUUCAGGCGUUCAUCUUGAACAUUUGUUCAGUAAAGAGGUUUCACAAGGGGGAAAGGAAUGCUGUCCAUACACGGAUGAAGACUGCAUUGCUGGUAUUCGACGCAAUACACCCGUCACACUCCAUUUUAAAUUUGCUAUUGAUAAGCUGGCUAGGUGGGAAAUGACUAGACGAUACACAGGCCAUUGCGAGGGAGGAGCAGGUAUUGUGAUUACAGGAUCGAGAUUCGAAGAUAUAGUAUGCACUUGUUAUAAGAUAAAUGGAGAGUCCAUACGAGAAAACCUUGUAGAUUGGACACCCACGUAG